UCCACUUUUCUCUCUCUCACAUCACCCCUAUCAGAACCAGCAGAGACACUCAGAGAGAGAGAGUACAGCACCAGCUAGCAACUGUUACGUACACAGAGAACGUGAGUAUAUAUAUAUAGUUCGUUAUCUAACGGCUUUUCCCUCCUCAACCCUAAUGCCAUCCCCACUCCGCCACCAGAUCUGAAACCAUCUGAGAAUCCAAACAGCAACCCGCUGAUCUCCACUUAUUGGCACAGUUAGAAAACUACACUAAAAUGAUUUCUUGGAACGACCUUUACAAGGUGCUGACGGCGGUGGUGCCGCUGUACGUGGCGAUGAUCUUAGCAUACGGCUCCGUCCGGUGGUGGAAGAUCUUCUCCCCCGACCAAUGCUCUGGAAUCAACCGCUUCGUAGCAAUCUUCGCUGUCCCUCUUCUCUCCUUCCACUUUAUCUCCACCAACGACCCUUACACCAUGAACUUCCGCUUCAUCGCCGCCGAUACCCUCCAGAAGAUCAUCAUGCUCUUCGCCUUGGCCCUCUGGACUAACUUCACCCGCAACGGCAGCCUUGAAUGGAUGAUCACCAUUUUCUGUCUCUCCACUCUCCCCAACACUCUCGUCAUGGGAAUCCCACUGCUUAUAGCCAUGUACGGCCACCAAAUCCCGGAGUCCGGCAGCCUCAUGGUCCAGGUCGUCGUGCUACAGUGCAUCAUAUGGUACACUCUACUCCUCUUCCUCUUCGAGUACCGCGGCGCCAAGCUCCUCAUAAUGGAGCAGUUUCCGGAGACCGCCGCCUCCAUCGUCUCGUUCAAAGUCGACUCCGACGUCAUGUCACUCGACGGCCGUGAUUUCCUCGAGACCGACGCCGAGAUCGGCGACGACGGCAAGCUCCACGUCAAAGUGAGAAAGUCCAACGCGUCGAGACGGUCCCUCUCGGCAAUGACGCCUCGGCCGUCGAACCUCACCGGUGCCGAGAUUUACAGCCUCAGCUCUUCCCGGAACCCCACUCCCCGAGGCUCGAAUUUUAACCCCUCCGAUUUUUACUCCAUGAUGGGAGUUCAGGGAUUCAACACCCGCCACUCGAACUUCGGCGCCGCCGACCUGUACUCCGUUCAGUCUUCCCGAGGUCCGACGCCGAGGCCGUCCAAUUUCGAAGACAAUGGUGCUCCACAAACAGUAACAUCUCCACGGUUCGGGUUUUACCCGGCGCAAACUGCUCCCUCGUCGUACCCUGCUCCAAACCCGGAAUUCUCGGCUCCGGUCACUAAACCAGUCGUUAAAACUAACCCACAGCCACCGCAGACGCAACCGCAAGCGGCGCAGCUGGCUGUUGUGAACACGAACUCAAGCAAGGCCAAUCACGACGCUAAGGAGCUUCACAUGUUUGUCUGGAGCUCCAGCACUUCCCCUGUUUCCGAAAGCGGAGGUCUCCACGUCUUCGGCGGACCUGAUUUCGCCGCGUCGGAGCAGUCCGGGCGGUCUGAUCAGGGCGCCAAGGAGAUCAGGAUGUUGGUUGCUGAUCACCCCCAGAAUGGAGAGACCAAAGUGGCGGUGGCGGACAGUGACGGCGAUCACCACCACCACCAGGCGGUUGCAGAAGCCUUCACAUUCGCGGGGAAAGCUGAUCAUGGAGAGGAGGAAAGGGAGGGUCCGAUGGGGCUUAAUAAGCUAGGGUCAGGCUCCACUGCGGAGCUACACCCAAAAGGAGGAGUAGGAGUUGGGGCUGAUCACCACGAGUCGAGUGGCGGGAAACAAAUGCCUCCGGCGAGCGUUAUGACCCGUCUGAUCUUGAUCAUGGUUUGGCGGAAACUUAUCCGCAAUCCCAACACGUACUCCAGCCUCAUCGGUCUCAUUUGGUCGCUCAUCGCCUUCCGGUGGGACGUGGCUAUGCCAGCAAUAGUUAAAGGGUCGAUCGCCAUAUUAUCCGAUGCUGGGCUUGGAAUGGCUAUGUUCAGCUUAGGUCUUUUUAUGGCACUUCAACCUAAAAUAAUAGCAUGCGGAAACUCGGUGGCUGCGUUUGCAAUGGCCGUGAGAUUCCUCACCGGGCCGGCUGUGAUGGCGGCAGCCUCCAUUGCUGUUGGGUUACGUGGCACGCUCCUCCACUUAGCUAUUGUCCAGGCUGCACUUCCUCAAGGAAUUGUUCCCUUUGUCUUUGCCAAAGAAUACAAUGUUCAUCCAGCCAUUCUCAGCACAGGGGUUAUAUUCGGAAUGUUGAUAGCAUUGCCUAUUACGCUGGUUUACUAUAUCGUUCUCGGAUUGUAAGAUGUUGCUGUCAAAGUUCCGGAAGCAGAGAAUAGCUAGAAAAACAGAAAUGGAAUUUGCAUGCAUGAGUCAAGGUCGACCAAUUUGGUUGCGUUCCUCUCUGAAUGGAGGCUACAUGCAUGAUGAUUUUCCGGCAUAGAUAAGAUAUCCAAGUUUUUUGGGAGCUUAGCUUUUGACUUGGAGGAAAUGACAGCCUUGAUGUAAGGAUUAUGCUUCCCAUUACAGGCCAAAGUUUGUCUCUAAUUUUCCCCAGUUUGAUGAAAGAGGGCAACGUAAGCCCGUGUGAGUUAGCUAAGCAUGAGAGAGGAAUACAAGGAAGAUCCACAUAUAUAAACUAGUGAUCAUAUUCUAAUUGUCUUCGUUUCGUCAGGCCUCUAGUUUAAAAGGACAACGUGACGAAAUCAGUGCAUGAAUACAUGGAAUAAAAUAAAAGAAGAUUAGGGAAUAGAUGGUUUUGCAUGCAUUUGAAUCAUGAUUGUAUAUUUUGUUACUUAAAAGUUCCUAGUGUAUUAUUGUAGCUGCUCUGGAUUUUAGUGUUGGGUUUUGAAUAUAUCUU